AUUUCACCGCAAAUUUCAAUAAAAAUAUCUUCCUCAUCCUCUUCUUUUGCACAUUUCUUCAUUUUAUAACCAAUAAAAAAAAAUUGAUACUAUCAAAAAAGAAAACCCUAGAACGGGAGAGAUUUCAUUCCCCAAAAAUCUCUUCCUUCUAUCUCUCUCCCCAUUCUCUCUCAACAAAUCUUCAAUUCCCAUUCCCAAUUUUCAAUUCCCAUUUUCCAAGAUCCGGUGAAUUUUCCGUUAUUUUUAUGGUAAAAUUUCUGUGAUGCCGCUAAUUUUACCUCAAAACGACGAUUCGAUUCAGAUCCGUGAAGUUUGGAGCGAUAACCUUGAAGAAGAAUUCGCUGUGAUUCGAGAAAUUGUUGAUGAUUAUCCUUUCAUUGCUAUGGAUACGGAAUUCCCUGGUAUUGUUCUUCGACCUGUUGGGAAUUUCAAGAGCAAUUAUGAUUAUCAUUACCAAACCCUAAAAGAUAAUGUUGAUAUGUUAAAGCUUAUUCAAUUGGGUCUUACUUUUUCUGAUGAGCAUGGAAAUCUUCCAACUUGCGGCGAAGAUGAUAGGUUUUGUAUCUGGCAAUUCAAUUUUAGAGAAUUUAAUGUUAACGAGGAUGUUUUUGCAAAUGAUUCAAUUGAGCUUUUGAGACAAAGUGGAAUUGAUUUCAAGAAGAAUAAUGAAGAUGGUAUCGAUGCUAGGCGUUUCGGUGAGCUUUUGAUGUCAUCUGGGAUUGUUUUGAAUGAUAAUGUUCAUUGGAUAACUUUUCAUAGUGGAUAUGAUUUUGGUUAUUUGUUGAAGUUGUUGACUUGUCAAAAUUUGCCGGAUACACAAGUUGGGUUCUUUAAUUUGAUUAACAUGUAUUUCCCUAUGCUGUAUGAUAUCAAACAUUUGAUGAAGUUUUGUAAUAGUCUUCAUGGUGGGUUGAAUAAGCUUGCAGAGUUGUUGGAGGUUAAGAGGGUUGGGAUUUGUCAUCAAGCGGGUUCGGAUAGUUUACUCACAUCUUCUGCAUUCAGGAAAUUGAAAGAGAAUUUCUUUAGUGGAUCUUUGGAGAAAUAUGCAGGGGUCUUGUAUGGGUUAGGUGUUGAGAAUGGACAGAGUACUCAUUAAGUUGAGAGAAAAAAAAAAAAGAAAUUAGAAAAUAAAAUCGCAAAAAAGAAAGAAAAAAAAGUCGGUAGAACUCAAUCAAUUUGAGCUGUUGUAUAUCUGGUGAAAUGCCAACUUCUAUGUAAAAUCUUUUGACAUUUUAAGUGUCAUAACUUAUGAAUACCCUUUUGUUGUUA